CUUGACAUGCAGAAGUGAAGAAGGUGGCUUCGGAGACAUUGGGUAGGGUUGCACUCAACAGGUCAAUGCCUAGCAAUGAGCACGUGACCGUGUUCUCGGCAUAAGCUUACCUCACUCGUUUUACCGAUCAAGUUCGGCUCGGCGAGGCGGCAUCAAGGCAGCAGGCAUUUGGCAACGGGCAGGGAUCCACCUAUUGCUCGCUCUCAAUCGUAGCAGACCCGCUUGAGGUGUGAUAGCAGCGUGAUGAACUUUGCACCAUACCAAUCCGACGCUCCGGAAGAGGAGCGCGCAAAGUCGCCUCCUGCUCGAUCACCUCACAACACACCACGACCGGACCAGCAAUCGCAAGCUCCCCACAACAUUAGUAGUGUAGCAGCGGGCGAAGAUCCAUGGGCCGCAGCUCGGAAUCAGCGUCUGCCGCCGCCAUCACAGUACUACGAUGACGAAGAGGAGGCGGGCGGCUAUGAGGACGUCGAAUCGCAACGCUUCAGGAACGACUAUAUCGGCCAGCAAGCAUUACAAGGCGGCGGCGUGACGUACAAUGGCGGCGGUAACAUCUUCGAAACUUCGCUGCGGCUGCCACUUGGGGUAGAAGCAGCGCUUGCCUAUAUCCUGCUCCCUCCCGCCGGUGGUAUGGUGUUACUGCUUAUUGAGCACAAGAGCGACUAUGUGCGCUUCCACGCAUGGCAGUCUGCGCUACUGUUCAGCGCGCUGUUCAUGGUACACAUCAUCUUCAGCUGGACGGCGGUGAUUAGCUACAUGCUGCUGGCUUGCGACAUAUUACUGAUUUUCUGGCUGGCCUACGGAGCCUGGAGAAACAGUGAGACUCUGGAUCGCGUGGAGGUGCCGUUCUUCGGAAGGCUUGCGAGUAGUUUCGUCGACGAUGAGUGAGGGUCACUGAGAAGGCGCAACAUGUAUAAACACAGCAUCUUCAAGACUUGGGCGUCUACCUUUCUCGCCGUCUGUGACACCCGGCCAGUCUUGCAUGGACACCACCAGGCAUUUCCUCGCGGCUGGACACAGUUCCAUAUCGUCUUGGCCUGGACUGCAAUGCUAGGUCACUCCAAGCAGAUCUUGAGAGAAAACGAGCGAAGCAUGGCCUUGGUCGGCCGUGACUGCAGUACUCGCCGCCGCCCAGCAU